CAGCUCCUGCCCGGGGCCCUUGGGUCCCCUCCCACUCUUUCGUCCCUUCGCGGCGGUGCCGAUGCUACCAAAACCCUAAUUCCUCCCUUCGAAUCAUACCACGCCCCGUCUCCUCGCCAUUAUCGACCCUUCGAAGCUCGAAAGCCUUAACCCUAGCCCUAAUUCAUCUCCUGCUUCUCCAUACAACGAUGUCAAAAACCCUAAUCCUCCUCCUGUCUCUUCUCUCCCUUUCCUCCCUCCCGAUCCCCUCGUCCUCGUUCCCGGCUCUCGGACUCGACACCUUCCUCGCCGACCAGGCCCGCCGGGAUGCUCGCGCCGCCAACGACUCCUUCCACGCCCUCCCCACCGUCCUCCGCAAGGGUCUCGCCGCCUCCCUCCCCUCCCCGGACCACGCCGCCCUUGUCUCCUACCUCCUCUCAUUCCAGAUCUCCGUCCCCGUCUACGUCAAGCUCGUCGGCUCUUUCUCCGCUGCCGCUCCCUCCCUCCUCCACUCGUUCGCCUCCGCCGCCCUCUCCUCCGCCCACUUCCACGCCAUCGGCGCCCGCCCCCACCACCUUGCCGUCGGCCACGCCUUCCACCUCGACCCCUCCCACUCCCCCCUUGCCCCCCAGAUCUCCACCGCCAUCCGAGCCCACCUCGACUCUGCCCCCGCCCCGCUCUACCGCUCCGCCCUCGUCUCGGUCCCCCACUUCAUUGUCGAUCGGAUCAUCCAGGAGGAUUUCGAGCGGGAGGACUCGAGCGCGGCCCCAGGGUUCUACAUCUAUUUGCUGAAUCUCGAACCCCAGUCCAAGCCCUACGCGUACUCCUACGACGCUAGUGAUGCCUCGCCGGCUUUCUCCAAGUGCUUGGGGACUCUCUGGACCGGGAAGGAGCGUUACGUGUGGAUUGACCUUGCUGCCGGACCGGUGGACUACGGGCCGGCCCUCUCCGGCGAGGGCUUGCUUCCACGAGGUGAGUUCCACCCUUUGGCCGCCCUUCAUGGGCGACCCAAAUCGGAAAAGGCUCUGCUUUCCGACCUUGCCUCUUUAGUUCUAAGCGCAUACCAGGCCCUCCUGGUUCCAUCUCUGAGGAUUCCUGUCUUCUUCGAGAGCUCACUCCUGAUCCAGUUCGUCCACAUCCAUGGAUCUGAUGCUCGGGAUCCUACUGGUUUGGAUUGGAAAUCCGUUGAGCAGACACUGAGGGAAAGUGAUCUUGCAUACAAGGAUCAAUCUUUGACAUUCAGAUCAUACAGCGUGAAGUUCUCGGAGUGCCCAAUCUGUUCUUUUGCUAUUGCCCGAUCGACAAACUCCUUCACAUCUCGAUUCUUGUUUGAGAACUACACUUUGAUAGUGAGCGAGUAUCUAGAUUCAAAACGCCUUCGUCAGAUAUUAUCAGAUUCUGUGGAAGAGAUACACCGGUUGGCGGAGAUUCCCGAAGAGGGGUACGACAAGGUCUUGCCUGUGUAUGUCUUUGAUCUGGAUUACGACAAGCUCCUCUUGCUCGACCGGUACCACCAGGCCAUUGCUUUCAGGGACAUGGUGAUCGCCGUGAGGACGAGGAGCUCACAGACAGUUAGCGACUACAGCUGCAAUGGCCGACAUGUGAUAACACAAACCCGUAAUCUGGACCGCCCAAUUGUUGGUUCAGUCCUCCAGAGUAUGUGGGGUGUCUCACCGACCCAUCUGUCAUGGAGCCCAGAGCAUAACAGUACAUUGGUAGAUUACACUUGGAGUGUUGGACAAACUCCAUUUGGUCCAUUUGCAGAAACUCUGUCCCUCUCUUUUGUUCAAAGAGAUGCAGCUCGGAGAAAUGUUCUUCUUACCACAUUGAAUUAUUCAAUAACUAGUGCCAUUGAUGUAUUGGCAUCCAUGGCAGCUCAUGGUGGGGAUAGGAAGCUUCUGAAGAAGAAUAGGCAUGCGGUGUUUGUGCAGAGGUGGAAUCUGUUCAAGUACAAGCUCGAGAAGGUGGUUUCAGCUUUGUCCCAUUUGGAUUAUGAGAAGGCUGUGUACUUUUUGAGGUCUUCAGAUCAUGACCUCUAUGCCAUACAUACUUUAAUCUAUGAGGCAUCACAGGAGCUGGAGGCUUCAUUGGUUUGUUUCAAGGAUCCACCAUUCCCAUGGGCAUCAGUUUCUCUGGCUGCAGUAUUUGUCUUUGGUUUCUUCUAUGUCUACUCAAGGAGGCACAAGAUAUUUAGAAGUAAAAGGAAGCAGUUUUGAUAGUUGCUUAAAAGUUGAGAAAGUUGUAUCAUUUUAUGAACUUUUUGGAAACCUUUGGUUUCUUGGAAGGGGUGUAAGUUGCGAUACGAAUUGUGGAACUAGGUUGAGCACAUUACAUGGGCCCAACACAUGCUCAAAAAAGGUUUUAGCUCUGUUGUUGGAUGAAUUGAUUUCUUAUAGAAAUCCUGGUAACAUCUUAGAUUAAUACUAAUUAAUAUAGUUGCCUGGGUUGUACUUGAUAUGAACUCUCUCUUGAUAUUUGUCGUGUAACAUUGUAUUGUACCAGGUAAUUUUUUAUGUUUUCACUGUAUGCAGUCAAGUUGCAGAAUUGGUCAUGUCAAACCUGCAAAUGUCUUAUUGGUGAAGAUCUCAAUCAUUUCUUUUUUGAUUGAAUAUUUAUUUUCAGCUUCAGUUUUUUUUCAACUCAAUGCUAACCGUGUAAGCAGAAUAUUACCAAACUUUCGUGUUACAAAAGGGGUGAAACAGUUAAGGAGUGGUUAUCAUGUGGCACGUCCUUGGCAGAAUAAGUUUUCUUUAUCACAAUGUUCCUAUUUUCUUUUCUGCUUUUGUUACAGUUGGCGGAUGGGAAGCAAUUUGAUAGAUUUUGCCAAGUUUUAGAAGUUAACUUCUGUUUUGGUGGUUUGGCCUGCAUCUCUUUGCAAGCAAUAUAAUGGAGGUCAGCAAGCGAGAUUUAAGUCCAGCGGUCAUGAGUCCAUCUCACUCUAGAAAGAAAUGAAGUGUCCGACCCAGCCAAGUGGUACUGGAUGCCUCAGCAGUCAGCAGCGAAACCAUGCACAAUUGGAAUCCAUUGCAAGUCCUGUUUUAAUUGCACAGUUUCAACCAUGGCUCUUCCUGUGAUUGCUGUAUGCGUGAACGUAACUGACCAAUUGUCAAUUCACCAAUAAUCUUCUGCACUCAUCCUAGAAUUUACCCUUAACGAUUGUCAUGGCAAGUGAUAUUCUUUUAUAUCUUUAAAUUUAUAUUUAUUUGUCCUUUUUUUUACAUUUCAUUCCUUUUGACCAUCGAAGGCUGUUUUGGUUGUCGGUAACUAGGCUUCCAAACUUAGUUGAGUCAAUGAGAGCAUAAUUUGGACGUUUGAUUGGUCUGAAGUGGUGCUGAAACUUAGUUUCUAUAAUGGUCGAAUUUGGAAUGCUCUGGCUCACGAGGAGACGGCCAUUUCAGGUUUAGAGGAAGCAAUCAUCAUUCGAACAAGCCAUGUUUUACUGGGAAGGAUCGAACCAUGGAAAAUGAACAGUGCUAUCAUCUUCUUUGGCCGGAUCUUCCAACCUUUUCAGAAAACCAGUUUACUGCGCUCCCCAUCCUGCUGCAGUCCAGGGUUGGAAACCCGGUUCACUGAUAUCGGGCAAAGGCCAUGUUGGUUUGGGCGAUCUAUCGAUUACACCCAAGUAAAUUGGCUUUACUGUCACUCAUGCCACGACAAGCUUGAUAUCCAGCCGAGAAAUCGGGCCUGAUCCUAAUUUCUGCAGGCACUAAAAAUUAGGUCAGAGACCUUGCUUGUUUCAUGGUCAUGUCAUUCAGUUAUGGUCUUGUAUUUUUGUCUUUCAACACGUCAUCAAGGACUCGCGAGUGCCAUGGGCUAGUCGGGAAGCACUUCAUUUAAACAGCACCAAGUACGCCUCAGGGUGUGUUUGGAACCUUGUAGCUUGAGGCCACCAUGGCUGUUUGGAUGGUCGAGCUUGCAAGUGGGAGACACCAUGCUUCCAGAAGCAUGGAUAUAGUCGUUGCCUCGUGUUCGAAGUGGCAGAGACUGGUUCUGUCGAGUGAGGCAGAUCAAGUUCGCAACUUUCAUAGAAGGCAGAUCGGAAAGCAUGAAUCGAUCUUAGAAGGAAGGACAAGAGUUGGAUCUCUCCCGUGAAGGAAGGUCUAGGAUUUUUACCAAAAAAAAAGAGGAAGGUCUAGGAUAGCGGGGAGCAUUCUUUGCUGCAGAACAGUGAGAACAGCUAUAAGACUAUUCCUUCUCCCUUAAUACUAUGUUUUAUCUUCAAACUUUCUUAAAUAUGCUUGUACUAGAAUUAUGUGAUUAAAAAAAAAUUAAAGAGUGCCU